AAUUUUGACCACGUGAUAGGCCCAUGUGCAAAAUUCGGCUAAAUUGUUUCCCCCCGGCCCCCAAUGUAGUCUAAUGUGAUUGGUGAAGUAGUUUGCUGUCAGAACAAGAAGGAAAUUGCGGGGUGUUGUGACAUAGAGAGAUACCGUAUAGAUUUUCAGUAACUGGUAGUGACACCAGCAACCCCAUCAGCGUGGCCAGGCAUGAGAGCUGAUAUCUGAGGAUUUAAACCACCAGCGCCACAAUGGAGGUCCCUGCCAUCAGUAACAACCUCAACCUUUCAAAUGGGGACUUGGAUCCCUCUGACACCCCUCCCACCAUGUCCAUUGACAAGCUCUUCCCAGCACUCUUGGAGUGUUUUGGGAUCAUCUUGUGUGGCUAUAUUGCUGGUCGAGCAAACAUCAUCACAUCCACACAGGCCAAAGGAUUGGGGAACUUUGUGUCCAAGUUUGCCCUCCCAGCAUUGCUCUUUAAGAACAUGGUACUCUUGGACUUUGGGAAUGUCAUCUGGCCGUUUUUGUGGAGUAUUCUGAUCGCCAAGGUGUCUGUGUUUUUCAUUGUGUGUGUGAUUACACUACUGGUUGCCAGUCCUGACACUCGCUUCAGCAAAGCUGGCCUAUUCUCCAUCUUUGCUACUCAAAGCAAUGACUUUGCUUUGGGAUACCCGAUUGUUGAGGCCUUGUACAAGAACACACACCCAGAGUAUCUACAGUACAUUUACCUGGUAGCACCAGUGUCCCUCAUGCUUCUCAACCCCAUUGGGUUUGCAUUCUGUGAGAUCCAGAAGUGGAGGGAUCAAAGAGACCGGCAGCAGCGCAAACUCCAGAUAGUGGGUGUGGUCAUCCUGCAGGUUCUGAAGAACCCCAUGGUCUUCAUGGUUGUUAUUGGCAUUAUCUUCCACUUCAUCCUGGAUCAGAAGAUCCCUGCUUUCAUGGAGCAGUUUGUGGAUGGCCUGGCCAACUCUUUUGGAGGAGCAGCUCUGUUCUACUUGGGCCUCUCCAUGGUGGGCCAGUUGGGGAAGCUCACCAGGUCCACGGUUGUAGCCCUUAUCCUGCUCAUCACAGCAAAACUGUUGGUGAUGCCGUUGAUCUGUCGAGAGACGGUGGAGCUGCUGGACGCUGACAACACCAGCUCUAAUCUCGAACACUCCAGCCUCUCCAACUAUGCCUUCCUCUAUGGAGUCUUCCCUAGUGCCCCCAGUGUGGCCAUCUAUGCUGCUCACUAUAACAUGGAGCUACAAGUUGUUACCUCAGGGAUGGUAGUAAGCACAUUUCUCUCAGCUCCCAUUAUGUAUGUUUCUGCUUGGUUGCUGACAAUACCAUGGAUGGACCCUAAGCCAUUGAUAGAUUCUCUGCAGAAUGUCAGCUUUAAUGUCAGCAUCAUCAGCUUAGUUGCACUGGCUUGGACAGUUACUGUCAUGUUCCUGAGUAAGAAAUUUAAGAGACUACCUCACAUGUUCACCGUCAACCUGUUCUUGGCACAGAUUCUAGCUUGUGUUAGCAUGAUCAUGUGGAACUUUGUCGUGAGACAAGACCGCUUCAUUGGACACGUGUUGACAUUCACACUGUUGUACGGCUCACUGUACAGUACUUAUGUAUGGCCAGGUCUGAUAGCACUUUCCCUUGUGUUGAUGAAGAGAGGUGGUGAGCUGAAGGUUGCGCCAGGCUUCCUGGUGAUUGCAGGCUGGGGAGUCCCAGCCCUUGUGGCAGCAGUGCUCCUCGUAACUGGGGAGAGGAUGCCUGACACCAUCGAUUCGGCUUUCUUUUAUGGAAGACCCCAGAUCAUCUGCACCUCAGUUGUGCUUGCCUUCAGCAUAGUGCUGGGCGGUUGCUCUUUGGUGGGCCUCCGUCGAGGCACGUGGGACUCAAAGUACCAUGUCCUGGAGAGAGACUCUAUGCUAGGCACUACUGAGGAUCUGAGGCCCCAGACUGGCCCAGAUACCCAAACUAUCCCAGAUAUCCGUGACAUGUUUGAGUCAGCCGGAACUGGAAGCAUCAACAUAGGUCAGUGUGAGACUGGCUGUGAGUCGCCAGGCUGUCUACUGGCCGAGGAGGAACAGCAGAGGCAGGUGGCAGACAGACAGGUGGCCCGCCAUGUGCUCUUAUGCCUGCUACUGACCGUCAGCCUACUAGCUAACCUGUCCAGCUGCCUGUGGUGGCUCUUUAGUCGAGUUCCUGGGAGACUUUACUUAGAGCUGCAGUUCUUCUGUGCUGUGGUCAACUAUGGACAGGGCUUCAUCUCGUUCGGGCUUUUUGGGCUGGACAAACAUUUGAUAAUACUGCCAUUUAAAAAGAAGAUAUCCUGUCUGUGGCAUAGAAGGAAGCCAGAGGAGCAGCCUCAACUGGUUGUAUCUGAUGACAUCAUGAUGACCUGCACUCAGUUCAUCAGAUACCACAAAGAGCAGUGUGUCCAGGACAUUGUCCAGAAUAAGAGGUGUGGGGAGAGGACAGUGGCGAACACUUUUCUUGGCAGUGAGCUGGUAGAGUGGCUGUUGCAGGUGGGUCUGUCACAGGACCGAGGAGAGGCGCUGCUCUACGGGAUCCGGCUGCAGCAGGGUGGGGUGCUCCAGCACAUCACCCAGGAGUAUGGCUUCAAAGAUGACAACCUGCACUACUGCUUCACAGCAUAAGGUGGGCCCUGGUUAGGCCCAGUCUCUGUUUUCCAGAGGCACAGGAUGAAAAAGAGAUCAGCUAUCUACCAGACCUGAAUCCAGGUCGCUACCUACAUAGCACUAGCAGUAUUGGUUGACUUGAAGAGUCUGCUGAUUUAAAAAAAAAAAAAUAAUAAUAAUAAUAAUAAUAAUUGUUUUUGGACAUGGAAGUAUGCAUCAUAACAAGCAUUGAGCACUUGUUAGUUCUUUUAAACUGCCUAUUUUUUGUGGGUUUUGUAUGGUACUGUAUGCAUAACGAGAUUUAACAGUUGUCAAAGAGGCAAAGGUAAUAAUGAUCGGCCCAAAUCAUGAAUGUCAAAUAGCUUGCAUUAUCGUCUCAUGUUAUACAGACCAGCUUGUAUGCACUUGAUGACACUAGUAUACCGUAAAGCUCAGGUUUUUAUUUAUUUAGUUUGGAUCACAAGAAUGGUAUUUGUCAGGUAUUGAAAAUGUAAGGCUGUAAUGGGCCUCUCGAGUGGCGCAGAGUUCUAAUGCACUGCAUUACAGUGCUAGAGGUGUCACUACAGACCCGGGUUCGAUCCCGGGCUCUAUCAUAACCGGCCGUGAUCGGGGAGUCCCAUAGGGCGGCGCACAAUUGGCCCAGCGUCGUCCGGGUUAGGGGGGAGUUUGGCCGGGGGGGCUUUACAAGUGGGCCGUCAUUGUAAAUAAGAAUUUGUUCUUAACUCACUUGUCUAGUUAAAUAAAACAUGUAAAUGCAUGCUGCUGUGUAUUAUAAAUACCCUUAAUUUGGCAAUAAUUUAUAACUUAAAAUACAUAUGGCAGCUAGAUCUAUUUUUUAUAUAUUUGAAUAAUGUCAAAUUUUAGGGACGCAGAAUUGUAUUGUUUGAUAUCUCCGUCCGUCUGUACAUUAUUAGUCACACGCGAUAUCUCGGACACUAUUGGGUGAUUUUGACGAAACUUGGAUAAAUGAUGCAUCUUGCCAUAGAGACCCGGCGUUUACAAAAUUACACUAAUUGGCCCAAGGGGGGAGCUGUAGUCAUUAACUGAGAACUUUGAACAAGCACAUCUCCUGUCCCGUCAUUUUGUACAUGCAGUGCCUUCGGAAAGUAUUCAGACCCCUUGAUUUUUUCCACAUUUUGUUAAGUUACAGCCUUAUUCUACAAUGAACUAAAUAAAACAAUUUCCUCAGCAAUCUACACACAGUACCCCGUAAUGACUAAGCAAAAACAGUUAUUUUUUGAAAAUGUAUUAAAAUUAAACAAAUACCUUAUUUACAUAAGUAUUUAGACCCUUUGCUAUCAGACUCGAAAUUGAGCUCAGAUGGAUCCUGUUUCUAUUGUUCAUCCUUGAGAUGCUUCUACAACUUGAUCGGAGUCCACCUGUGGUAAAUUCAAUUGAUUGGACAUGAUUUGGAAAUACACACACCUGUCUAUAUAAGGUCCCACAGUUGACAGUGCAUGUCAGAGCAAACUGAGCAAUAGGGGGAGAAGGGCCUUGGUCAGGGAUGUGACCAAGAACCCCAUGGUCACUCUGACAGAGCUCUAGAGUUCCUCUGUGGAGAUGGGAGAACCUUCCAGAAGGACAACCGUCUCUGCAGCACUCCACCAAUCAGGCCUUUAUGGUAGAGUGGCCAGACGGAAGCCACUCCCCAGUAAAAGACACAUGACAACCCGCUUAAGAGUUUGCCAAAAGGCACCUAAAGGACUCUCAGACCAUGAGAAACAAUAUUCUCUGGUCAGAAGGAAACCAUGAUUGAACUCUUUGGCCUGAAUGCCAAGCGUCACGUCUGGAAGAAACCUACCACCAUCCCUACGGUGAAGCAUGGUGGUGGCAGCAUCAUGCUGUGGGGAUAUUUUUCAGCGGCAGGGACUGGGAGACUAGUCAGGAUCGAGGCAAAGAUGAACGGAGCAAAGUACAGAGAAAUCCUUGAUGAAACCUGCUCCAGGACUUCUGACUGGGUUGGAGGUUCACCUUCCAACAGGACAAUGACCCUAAGCACUCAACCAAGACAAUGCAGGAGUGGCUUCGGGACAAGUCUCUGAAUGUCCUUGAGUAGCCCAGCCAGAACCUGGACUUGAACCCGAUCGAACAUCACUUUAGAGACCUGAAAAUAGCUGUACUGCAACGCUCCCCAUCCAACCUGACAGAGCUUGAGAGGAUCUGCAGAGAAGACUCGGAGAAACUCUCCAAAUACAGGUGUGCCAAGCUUGUAGUGUCAUACCCAAAAAUACUUUAGGCUGUAAUCGCUGCCAUAGGUGCUUCAACAAAGUAUUGAGUAAAGGGUCUGAAUACUUAUGUAAAUUAUAUUUUAAGGUUUUUAUUUUUAAUAAAUUAGCAAACAUUUCUAAACAGUUUUUUUUAUUUGUCAUUAUGGGGUAUUGUCUGUAGAUUGAUUGAGGGGGAAAGAACUACUUCACAAUUUUAGAAUAAGGCUGUAACGUAACAAAAUGUGGAAAAAGUCAAGGGGUCUGAAUACUUUCUGAAGGCACUGUUUAUGCAGACCCUCAUGAGCAACACGUUUCCCGUAAAGACCUAAACUCAGCAAAAAAAUAAAUGUCCUCUCACUGUCAAAUGCGUUUAUUUUCAGCAAACUUAACAAGAUUCAACAACUGAGAUCAUAAAAUGAACAAGUUCCACAGACAUUGAAUAAUGUGUCCCUGAAGAAAGGGGGGGGUCAAAAUCAAAAGUAACAGUCCUUAGUUUUCAUAACUGUGACCUUAAUUGCCUACCGUCUGUAAGCUGUUAGUGUCUUAACGACCGUUCCACAGGUGCAUGUUCAUUUAUUUGUUUAUGGUUCAUUGAACAAGCAUGGGAAACAGUGUUUAACCCCUUUACAAUGAAGAUCUGUGAAGUUAUUUGGAUUUUUACGAAUUAUCUUUGAAAGACCGGGUCCUGAAAAAGUUUACGUUUAUAAGCUCCGCCCAUUCAAUAUUUUUUUAUUUCUGCAUCAUUCAUGGGGGACAACAUGUUUACUGAUGCCUUGUUAACUUAUUUUAAUGAUUCUUGGCUCAAAGAAUAUAUAUAUUUUUUUUUUAAUACACAACUAUAAUUCCAGUUUGUUUUGGUUUUAGGUUUGUUGAGAGAAAAAGAGUACAAAACCGAAUGUGCCAGAUGAAAUGCAAUAUUCUUUAUUACUGGAGUUAUUUUGGAGUCAAGUUACUUUUUCCUUAAUGGGAUUGUGCUUAUUACGGUAAUUGAGCCAUGUAUUCACCUUGUUUGGCAUUAUGAAUGUUUGAAUGAUGGUUUGUCUUUACAUUUUUUCAUGUCACUUGACUAAAAGAGAAUGUACGGUAUCAUGCACUUUGAAGCUAACUAAUGCGGCAUGUUCUUCUAUGAUUCCCAGCCUGUUUUUUUUUUUACAAAUAAACUGCUGUAUUACA